AUGAUUUUGAUGGACAACAUUGAAAUGUACAAUGAUCACAAGCAGUACGUUCUAGUAACAAGCAACCGCAUCAAGAAACACUUCUGGACAACAUGUGGAGAAUCGGAUUGUGACAUGGACAACGGACGUGAUGAUCCGGCAUUGAAGAUGUACUACAACUGCCCUUUGAUGCUGACAAAGAAUGAAGACGUACCAAAUGGACAGGCAAACGGUUCGAGAGUGUUCCUGCACAAGGUACAUGAAAAGCCCGGAGAACAGCCCUUCAUCAUUCAACAGCAUUGCGGUGUCAGAAUCCGUGUCUUCCGUGUCAGCCAAAUUGACAGAAUCACAGUCAAACACGAGAUGAAAGACAUGUUGCCAAGAUGUUUUGAUGUCAAGACACACGGAGUGUCCUUCAAGUUCAAGAUGAAAAUCAAAAAGUAA